AUGUCCACUUUCACGACGAACAAGACGAUAACACCCACUCAAUGCAUCUCCCAAACUCCUGAACCUCUUCUCCAAUAUGGCCGUCCUUCUUGCGCUGUCGCUAGAGCUGCAGUUACCACCCUGCUACUUCGCAGCCUCAACAGCUUCUUCGGCCUCGUACCAUCGCACGCUCCUGUUGAAGCUGCUAUGCGUGCUGCGAGGACGGUCGACGCCUGGGCAGCUGCCGCCACUCGAGUGUUUGAGGGUAGUAUUGGGGUGUGCGCAGGAGAUGAAGUCUCUGCGUCGGGGCUCGGAACAUUGAUUUUGGGGAAGCGUACUGGUGAUCUGACGCUGAUGAAUCCCUUAAGCUUGUUGAGGAACAGCUGUACUCUUCAUGAAGCACUUUUUCGCGGGCUAGCAACGGCAUCUCUCCUCAUUACCGACUACCCAAAUGACACCACACAACCCGGAUUCGGGCUCAUCUUACCGCCACAUAUUGUUGCAGCGGAUAUUUCUGUUAGAUGCACAGUCGUACCAGCAUUUGUCAUCAUCACCGCUGGCUGCUUUCGAAUUUUCUCCAUCGUUCGCGCGCCUGCAGUGUACCUGUACUGA